AUGCAGAUUUUCGUGAAGACCUUAACGGGUAAAACCAUCACUUUGGAGGUGGAGCCCAGUGACACCAUUGAAAAUGUUAAGGCCAAGAUCCAAGACAAGGAGGGUAUCCCUCCGGACCAGCAGCGUUUGAUUUUCGCUGGCAAGCAACUUGAGGAUGGUCGUACAUUGUCUGACUACAAUAUUCAGAAAGAAAGUACUCUUCAUUUGGUUCUUCGUCUGAGGGGUGGUAUUAUUGAGCCCUCUUUGGUUAUCCUGGCCCAGAAGUACAACUGUGACAAAAUGGUAUGCCGUCGUUGCUACGCUCGUCUUCCUCCACGUGCUACCAACUGCCGUAAGAAGGGUUGUGGCCGUUGCAGCCAACUCCGCCCCAAGAAGAAGAUUAAGGGUGGUAACUAA